AGUAAAAGUUUCCCAUUCAUGGCGGACGACAGAAAGGUGCACAUAGUAAUGUUUCCAUGGCUAGCAUUUGGCCAUAUAAUCCCAUAUUUAGAGCUCUCCAAGCUCAUAGCUAAAAAGGGUCACAAAGUUUCCUUUGUUUCCACCCCAAGAAACAUCGAUCGUCUCCCAAAACAACCUCCAAAUCUAGUCCAUCAUCUAAAAUUUGUCAAAAUUCCCUUACCCCUUAUUGAAAAUCUCCCUGAAAAUGCAGAAGCCACAAUUGAUCUACCCUACAAUAAAGUCAAGUACCUCAAACUAGCCUGUGACGCCCUCCAACAGCCCAUAACUGAAUUUCUUCAACGAACUUGUCCUGAUUGGAUUCUCUACGAUUUUCCUCCUUAUUGGAUACCCUCUAUUGCAUCUAAGCUGAAUAUCCAUACAGCCUAUUUCAGUAUCUUUACGGCAGCGUUUUUGGGAUUCUUGGGGCCGACGGAAGUUUUGAAGGGCGAUGAAGAUGGCAGAAAAACGCCCGAAGACUUCAUUGUCAAACCAAAAUGGGUUCCUUUUGAGACGAAUGUUGCUUUCAAGUUGUUUGAGAUUCUUCGAAUAUUUGAUAGCAUAGAAGGCGAUGAAGAGAAUAUUUCUGACACUUGGCGUGUGGGAGCUGCAAUUGAAAAUUGUGAUGUCUUGGCUGUAAGAAGUUGUUCCGAAUUUGAACCAAAAUGGUUAAAAGUUUUGGAGGAAAUUUACCAAAAGCCAGUAGUUCCAGUAGGUCAAUUGCCCACUACUGGAAAUAAUGAUGAUGGAGAUGAGGAGAAAGAUGAAGCAUGGAGGUUUAUGAAAGAGUGGCUCGACAAGCAAGCAAAAGGCUCAGCUGUUUAUGUAGCUUUCGGGAGCGAGGCGAAACCAAGUCAAGCUGAACUCAAUGAGAUUUCUCUGGGUUUGGAGUUGUCUGGCUUGCCAUAUUUCUGGGUUUUAAGGAAGAAACGUGGAGGUGAAGAUACUGAAGUGAUUUUGCUGCCUGAAGGGUUUGAGAAUCGGACUAAGGAUCGUGGGGUGGUUUGCACAAGUUGGGCACCUCAGCUGAAGAUAUUGAGUCACGAGUCGGUGGGCGGGUUCUUGACUCACUCAGGUUGGAGUUCUGUUGUGGAGGCUGUACAGUUUGAGAAGCCUCUUAUUUUGCUGACCUUUCUUGCCGAUCAAGGGAUAAACGCGAGGGUUUUGGAGGAGAAAAAGGUGGGGUAUCCCAUUCCUAGAGAUGACUCGGACGGGUCGUUUACGAGAGACUCGGUGGCCGAGUCACUAAAGUUGGUGAUGUUUGAGGAGGGGGGGAAAAUUUAUAGAGACAAAAUUAAGGAAAUGAAGGGCAUGUUUUGUGAUGAGGGUAGACAAGAUAGGUAUGUGGAGAAUUUGUUGACCUUUCUUCAAAGCUAUAGAAGUGUAAAAGAUGACAAAUAAGGAAUGUUCGAAGUGAGAAGAGUGGAUGAUUUGCUCUUGUAUUUGCCAUUUGGAAAUUCGACUUCAUUGAACUUUUGCAGAAUCAACACUCCAGCCAUGAUUGGAUGCCUUGACGAAAAUGAUAAAGGAGUUAGAAAAGAAAAUUGUUGUAUCCAUUGGGGUCAAAUUGAGUUUUGU